GCGUUCGGUGGGCGUAUGAGGAAGUAGCUGUUUUGCAACUGUUGUACAAGCGUUACAUAUUUACUAUAAGAUAAUACACGGUGGAUAGGCUACAUUGUCUUUAACUUUGUCCGCUCGGUGUGGUAGAAAAUGGCGAACGUCGACCUCGCUCAGGUUGGAAAGAACUUGCUGAAGAACGCCGAAACUGGAGAGAGUGUGGAGCUCCAGUCUCUGUGGCAGGACCAGCCCGUGGUCUUGUUCUUCCUGCGCAGGUUUGGCUGUCAGGUGUGUCGGUGGACGGCGUCAGAGAUCAGCAAACUGGAGCCGGACAUGAGAGCCAGCGGUGUGGCACUGGUGGGCAUCGGACCAGAGGAGUUUGGGGUGAAGGAGUUCACGGACGGAGGGUUUUUUAAAGGAUCCAUUUACGUGGAUGAAAAAAAGAAAAGCUACAAGGAUUUGGGCUUCAAGAGGUACACAGCCUUGAGUGUGCUCCCUGCUGCUCUGGGGAAGAAAGUACGAGAUGUAGCUGCAAAGGCCAGCGCUGAAGGAAUCCAGGGAAACUUCUCCGGAGAUCUGCUGCAGAGCGGAGGCAUGCUCAUUGUGGCCAAAGGUGGUGAAAAGGUCCUGAUGCACUUCAUCCAGGAUUCACCUGGAGACUUUGUGCCUCUGGAGGAUAUUUCCAAGGCUUUGGGGAUCUCGGCUAAAGUAACAGCAGGACAGAGGCCAGUGUGCAAUGAUGAUGUCUGCACACGAUGAGGACGACGCCUGAACAAAACAACAACACUGUGGGAAGCUGUGCCUUUAAAUUGUUCAGGUGAACACAAGCAUUGCCAAUAUUACAUCUACAGUGAAAGCUGCAGUGACAUUCCUUUAUAAUAAUAAAUGCUAUUAAUUUUACAUAUAACUUACUUUACACUUACAUACUCUGAUUGUUUUAUAAUUGCAUUUUUUAAAUUUAUAUUUAUUACAUUAAUUAUUACUUUAAAACUAGAACUCCAAAACAGCCUAAAAACACGUCAGAAAUUGAAGUGAUCUCCAGGAACAGUGGGAAUUCUGAGCUGCAACAAAAGUGUUUGUAACCACCCCUUUGACAGUUUGCAAAGUACUCACUCAGUCGAGCGUCCAAACACUUGUACAUGCCACAAUUAUAUAUUUUUUCUUCUUUUUUAAGGUAAUGAAAUAGAAAGUAACAUUGCAGCAACCCUAAAAGAGAUCCACAUUUUAGGGCUCAUAUGUUACAGAGGUUUGUUUUUACAUUUUUCACUUUAAUAAUCAAUAAAACAUAUUCAGGGGUGCUCAGUCUUUUCCAUACAACUGUGUAAAUGUACAUAAAGAAACAAAGUGACUGUGUUACAUCAUGAAUCACCUGAUUAUCUGCAAUAUAUAAAUCUUUGUUUGCUCUCUAGGACUAGUAUUGACGUCUGUUAAGUGUCUUGACUAUUAUACAUUUAGUUCCAGUAUGUCUCAUUAAAAAUUGGUGCAUAAAUGUAACGGCUCAAACUGAAA